AGUCUAUGACUACAAUUUUAAGAGUUUAAAGUUUUAAUUAGCACAAUAAUUUUAAGAGUUUAAGGGCUUAAUUAGCACAAUUUAAAGCUAGCGGUUUCUAUAACUUUCUGACUUUAACAAUGAACAUUAGUGUUUCAAAGAAUUCUAAUAUCUCAAUCAUUUUAUUGCUACUGAAGCUACUACAUCAGAUAAACAAAAUUAGGGUUUAAACUUCAAACAUACAAUGACCUCCAGCAGCUUGUUAGUCGCAGAAACCAUCUGGACAGAAAUCCAAUCCACUCGUUCAGUGACGGAUGAUCAGCUUUCGAUUUUGCAUACUUUAUUUGGUAAAAAUCUGGAAAGGGCAAGCAGGAUAGUUGAUCAACGAGGUGUCAAGAAGAUAUCCGGAGAACCCAGUGGGCGCUCCAUCUUUCAGAUUACGGGAGAGUCUAAAAAGAAGGAAGAAUACCUUUGUUUCCCAGAACACUAUUGUGCUUGUUAUUCGUUUUUCUAUGACAUUGUCAACAAAAGAGAACAGCUUUGUUGCAAACAUCAAUUGGCUGCUAGACUUGCUGUGUCAUUGGGUACAUGUGUUGAUGUGAAGGUGUCUGAUGAACAACUCGCAUAUCUUCUUGCAAAACUCUAACAUGAUACACAACUUGAUAGUUUUUGAAGAUAUAACAGUUAUCAAAAUCUAUUAAUCAUAUAACAUAAGAAAUGUAGGAACAAGUAUGGAAUGGAAUGACAAGGAAAUGGAAUGGAAUUGAUCAUUAUCAUUCGGUUGUCA